AGGAAAUCGUCUGAAACUUAAGAGAAGUGAAAGGAUUUACAAACAAUUAGGUAUGAGGUCUGAAAACAUGUUGUUGCUGGCCUGGGUACUUGAACUACUGGUGCCGUGUUCAGCCCAAGAGCAGAUGCUCCGCAUUGAAGCCAAAUGUGGCUCAGAUGCAGAUUUGCCCUGCAACGCCGACUUCAGAACCAACAAAUACUUCUCGCUCACAUGGUACAAGAAUAAGAAAGAGGGCAUCAUCAGAAUCGCCCUGGAAGACAAGAAACGCCGUUAUUACAAUUUCUCUCGAAACGUGAGCAUAGAUGAGCAGAGCUACAGCCUGCUGCUCCCAAAGCUGAUGCCUGAAGACUCAGGGAUAUAUGAGUGUGCGGUCAGCGCCAGACCGGGGGGACAGAACCUCUACCUCAAAGUGGAGCUAACAGUGCCUGAAUGUGAUGUGACGCCUGCGUUAUUGACCACAGUGAAGAGAGGGGAAACCGAGAGGACACACGCCCCCCACCUGCCCCUUGUCUGGACCGUGGUCGGGUACAGUGCUGUGGGCCUCACCAAAAUCAUCCUGUCCUUGAUGAUUGUCUGGGUUUUUCAUAUCUGCACGAGGCGGAAGAGAAGAUCAUGGUCUCACCUGAGCAAAAAAUAAUUUAAAAUCAUGAUGAAAAAUACAGUUUUCAAACUGUAACUACCUGCUUGUCUCCAUGGAAAUGUUACUGUUCUUCUUAGAAUAUUUCACAGCAUGGUGUUAAACAUAUCAAAUUCAUCUAGAGAAAAGCGGAUGACACAUCUAGGCCAAGUUAGUGGUCAGAUCUGUGGAGAGGCAAGCCCACUCAGGAAGAAGUACAUAAGAAGACAAAAUGAACAUCUUUGGUUUGGAAAUGUUUCAGAUUUAAAAAGGUGAAAUUGUGGACUUUGUUUAAAUGAGAUGUUGCACAACUAGAAUAAAAUAAAACAUGUGUCAGAAGAUGUUAAGUGUUAUUAUCCACCACAGCAGCCAAACAUUGUAUUCUUAAAAACUGGAAAGUCUGCUCCCCCUAUGGACACUUUGGAUUAAUGAACUGUUAUCUUACUGCACUCCAGAAUCAAAUCUUGAAUCUACCAGGGGGAACAAAGUCAUUUCCAACAAAGCAGUUUUAAUUUUGGCAAGAUUAGACUGGAGUGACUUUGAUAAGUAUGUUUCCUUGUUGUAUUAUAUCUGUGACAUAUUGCAGUGCACCGUGUACAGGGAGGGUGGGCGUGCAAGUUUUUUUUUUUUUUUUGGUCUUUUUGUUAUGCCUAUGUAAAAUAUUAAAAUUGGUGUGUGUACUGUAAUUUUGUAUUCCUAAUAAAUAUACCAUUAAAAGAUGGUGAAACUGAA